UCGGAGAAGAGACUGAAACUCGGCGUGAAACUACUUUAGACACACAAUCGCUCAGCGGAUUGAAGCUUGAAUAUACUCUUUCUUGUUUAUUUGUAUUUGUUUUAAACUUGUCGCCGGCUAAUUAUGGCAUUUCUGAUCUACCUGACGGUACUGACGGCCGUCAUCACACAGGUGACUGCUAGCUGCCCAGCAGUGUGUGAGUGCCCCACAGAGCACCUGGUUUGCCCUCCAGGAGUUAGCACUGUGCCAGAUGGAUGUGGGUGCUGCAAGGUGUGUGCUGCGCAACUUAACCAGGACUGCAGCCCCGUGAGGCCUUGUGACCACCACAAAGGGCUGGAGUGUAAUUACGGCAAUGAUGUGACCAUGGCCUGGGGCAUCUGUCGAGCAAAAUCAGAGGGGCGCACAUGCGAGUAUAACGGCAGGAUCUACCAGAAUGGCGAGAGCUUCCGUGCCGGCUGUAAACACCAGUGUACCUGCAUCGAUGGCGCUGUUGGCUGCGCUCCUCUCUGCAACAACAAGCUGCCACCAGCCUCUCCGUCAUGCCCCUACCCACGGCUGGUCAGGAUACCCGGGCUGUGCUGCUUCAGCGUGGACUGCCAUAAAGGCACCUGGCGUCUCCCACCUAAGCAUCAGGUGCCUGCACCACAACAACACCUGCCCAGACCUCAGCACUAUCCCGCUCCACACCAGCGGGAAAAUGAGCUGGCCAACAUGCUUGCAGACACGAAGUCCAGCAGCUGGGAGAGUGAACGUGGCUACAAACACCUGCCUGAGUGGAACCACCCGAAGGAGAAGUGUCCAGUCCAGACCACUGACUGGUCCCAGUGCUCCCGCAGCUGUGGGAUGGGCGUGUCGUCUCGUAUCACCAACAAGAACCUGCAGUGCAAGCUGGAGAGAGAGACACGAAUCUGUACCGUACGGCCAUGCCACGGCCUGACUGCCCCCACCAAGAAAGGGAAGAAGUGCACCCCAGCCCAGAAAGCCCCGGAGCCCAUCCGCCUGUCCUACGGAGAAUGUGUGAGUGUCCGCCUCUACCGGCCCAACUACUGCGGUGUGUGUACCGAUGGACGGUGCUGCUCGCCACGCCGCACACGCACUGUACCCGUGACCUUUGUUUGCCCUGACGGCGAGCGUUUCCAGAGGUCGGCCAUGUUCAUCCAGUCAUGUAAAUGCAGCGAUGACUGCGGCCACCUCAAUGAAGUGGCCCUCCCUCCACAGCACUGGAUGUAUGGAGAUACACACAAGUUCAUCGACUAGGACUGAGAAGGAUUUUUUUUUUUUUUUUUUAAUUUGAUUUUAAUGCGAUGAGGUUAACUUUCUUAAUGAAGGAAGACACUUCAGAACGAGGGGCCAUUUUUCGCACCUGGCUCCAAGUGAGUGAAGACCACAGGCACCCACCUCACUGCAGGCCAAACUGCAGGCAAGAAGGGCUGCCUCGGUUCACAACCACAAAGGCAACCCUUAUUGUAAUAUUAUUGUGUGACCGGAGUGGAUUGUAUGCUUGCCUGCUCCUCUUCAAACAGACGUGGGACCUAAAUUAGAGCCCUGAAGCACCCCUGGACUUCCUCCACUCUGAACUUAUUGCUGGUUCAGGUGUUGAGGAUUUUGUUUUUUCUUUCUUUUUUGAGACCCUCAGAUCAGCCUGAGAGGAGAAUGAGCAACAAAGCACUUUGUUUAGCACUGAAAUUUUGUAACUAUGACAGCAGUGCACAACGAUCACCUCACGUGCAGUAACAGCUGCACAUGUGAUGGUGAAUAUCUCCAAAUCCCACAAUGCACUGUGACUACUCAGUGACAAGCAAAAGAGUAACUUUUGCAGCUUUAUGUAGAAAACUUCAGACUUUAAUGCAAAAUGUGGGCUUUUUUUAUUCAAAAUAUAUCAAAUCAGCAUGAACUUUUUUUGCUGUUGGCAUGCUGACUUGAUAAGCCACCUAACACAUUUACACACAGCGAUACUGCCACUGUUCCUCUGCAAGUCAGACUGUUAAAUGAUAAGGAAUGCUGUCUGGAACAGACAAGUGUUCAGCAAGGACAGGACCAAUGCCAACUGAUUUCCUCUUUGUGAAUCAGAUGCAGCUGAGAGAAAUGUCUUACACAAACCUGUAUUUGAGAAUUUAUUUUGGAUCACACUGUAUUAUGUAAAUAUGUUUUCUUUAUUUUGAUCCAAGUCUGUAUUAUUGUCACAUUGGUACUUCUGUGUAUUAAGACACUACAGUGUAGCUGCCACAAGUUUUUGUUGGUCCGUCCAUGUCAUAAAACUGGUCGCUGAGCUCAAGUUUCAUGCACGGUUUUAUUUCAAGUCAGCUUGUACAGUUUCAAACUUGGCAGCCAGUUCAAAGUAACCUGCAACUGUUUGGGAAAGCAGUGGCUGUCUUCAAACUAUGACAAUAGCGCCCUCUGCUUGUGAGUAUAAUUAAAUGCAGUCAAAAACACACAACACAAAGUCUGUAUUUUAUGAUACUGUUGUAGUUUUUACUACAUAUUUAAUGUUCGACAUAUUACAUCUUUUGAACUGUGCAAAAUUCAAUCAAGUACAUUAAAUAAGGUAAAAAAAAAAUCUUCAACAAAAACAAUAUAUUCACAGUUUUAACAAUAAGCAAACAGUCUGCAAAGGUGGAAAACUUGUCAGAGUUUAUGGUUGGAGGGGAACUUUAAAAUAAAAGUUAAGGGUUUUUGUUUUGUUUUUUUUACUCCACCAAAAUACAGCAACACCAAGGGUCAUACACAGUCUCCGCUGGAAAGACAUUUCAGACUCAUCUGGACUGUUCAACUGCAAAGAGAAAAAGCAAAGUUUUUAAGAUGUGAGAUUAAAGGAUAUGAAGGGGGGAAAAGCUGUGCUUUUAUACACAGGCUCUCAAAUAGGAUGUGACAGAUCAGAGUAUGGCAUAGUAAUGAUUUGCCUCUGUGUGUCACUCCCAUG